AGCAACAGUUGCAGGUCAACUGUCAAAGCGACAACAGCAACAACAGCAGCAGCAACAACAGCAACAGCAACAAUUGCGAUACCAAGUCGAGUGCUCCACAUUGAACCGUAUAUACCGCCGGGCACUUCGCUGCUGCGCAAGAGCAAUACGCAGCACAAGCAGCAGCAACUGUUGCAACAACAGCAGCAGCAACGUCUUAUCAAUAUGGCCACAGCCAACAACAGCAGCAACUGCUUUGUGCUGCCGGAUGAUGAGAUGCUGCCGGAAUUCCGUCACAAUGUGGAUCUGCGCGCCUGCGUCAUGGGCAGCAACAAUAUUGCGCUGACGAGCAGCGCCGAUGCCAUCGAUCAUCUCAGCCGGGAGCUGCAGAAUACGAGCAAGGAGCGCAUCGAUCUGCCUUAUCGGCUCUCGACUGCGCCGCAGUUCAGCGAUGUGCUUGAGGUGCUCAAUCAGCAAUCGGAGCAGUCGGCAGCAGCAAAGGCGGCAGCAGCAGCAGCAGCAGCAGCGUCAGCAGCAGCAGCAGCAACAGUUGUCACACUGUCGCCGCCGGCAACGAAUGCGACCAGUUCCGAUUGUGAUUCAGACGAUGGCGAUUGCUCCAUGCGUAAUUCCAGCUGCGGCUCGGCUGCCUCGAUCGAUUGCAACUAUAUGCGGCACAUAAGCGAUCACAGUUAUACGCGCUGCAACGAGAUGGAGACUAAUCUGGACACGCCCUCUGAUUCUGAUGAGGAAAUCGAUGUUGUCUCGCUCAAUGACAAGAAAUUGCCCACAAAUCCAUCGGAUCGUGAUCGACGCGCUCUGCAAACGAAUAUCGCCUACAAAAUCUCGAGUGAUGCCCGAAUCCUACAAUCGAAACGAUUCGAUCUACCCUAUACGCCGGCCAGCAGCAGUCCGGUCAAGUCCGUAGUCAAUUCGCGCUACGCCUCGCCAUCGAGCACGCCCUAUCAGGGCGCUGGCGCUGUGCCGGCCAGCUACUCGCCCGAAAGCCUCUCCCAGAGCAGCAGCAGCAGCAGCAGCAGCAGUAGCAGCAGCAGUAGCAUCAUCAGCGACUGCACAACGCCGCCGGCAACGAUGCUGGAUGGCAAGGGGCGCAAGCCCUACUACAUGUCCGACUGCACGUCGAGGAUGUAUUCGAACAAGCGCAGCAAUAUGAUCAGCCUGGUCGCGGCGAAGAAGAGUCGCGUGAAGAAGGUGAACGCUGGCUACGCUCAGCGCCCGUCCAAGUUCCAUGAUUUGGAUGACAAGAGCCCGCUCGACUCGAUUGUCACAGGCGGCUCCGGCUCUGGCUCCGGCUCUGGCUCCGGCUCUGGCACUGGCAUUGCGAAUCCGAGUUCCAGUGCGAACAGAUACAGCAACAAUGGCAACAACAGCAGCAACAUGCUGAAGCGCCAGCUCAGCAUAGACGAGGCGGACACGAUCGAGAAGCGCAAUCUGCACAACGAUAUGGAACGUCAGCGGCGCAUCGGGCUCAAGAAUCUGUUCGAGGCGCUGAAGACGCAGAUACCCAAUAUACGGGACAAGGAGCGUGCACCCAAGGUCAACAUAUUGCGCGAGGCGGCCAAGCUCUGCGAGCAUCUCACCAGCGAGGAGCGCGACCUCAGCCUCAAGCGCCAGCUCCUGAAGGCGAAGCUCAAGCAGCAGCAGGAGCUGCUCGCCCGACUGCGUCUGAGCAAGAGUGCAGCUGAAUGAUGAUAGCGGUAGCCGUAAGUGGUGGGUAAAGGGUAAACGGGGGGUGAUCAUCAUUGUGGAUAUGGUUGGGGGAAAGCCGUCGAGGGGGGGAGGGCAAAUAAAUAAGGAGGGACAUAAGGUUACAACGCGUUUGCAAGCGAUCCCGGCCCACAUGAAUAUAUAUACAUAUAUAUAUUGAAAGAAAGAAGAAAAGGUAGAGGAUAAGGAUAAGGAAAAGGAUAAGGAAAAGAGGAAAAGCAAAAUAACCGAUAUGAUGAUGAUGAUGAUGAUGAUGAUGAUGACCAUAUGAAAAAGUGUUGCACACAAAAGUUACACGAUAA